AGAGGUUUGUGCACCAGCGGCAAAAGGCUCCAGAUACCUUGUGUCUGCAAAACACAUUCGGGCGUCAGAGAAAUGGGUAACUCUACAGGAAGCACUGUGGAUGACCUGCAGGCGGUGGAGAUGCACCUCUGGUACAAGAAGUUCAUGACCGAGUGCCCCUCAGGUCAGCUCACCCUGCAUGAGUUCAAGCAGUUCUUCGGGCUGCGAGGUUUGGACCCAGAGGCCAACGCCUACAUAGAGCAGAUGUUCCGCACGUUUGACAUGAACAAGGACGGCUACAUAGACUUCAUGGAGUAUGUGGCAGCUCUGAGCCUGGUGAUGCGAGGAAAGAUGGAGCACAAGCUGCGCUGGUAUUUCAAACUUUAUGAUGUGGAUGGAAACGGCUGCAUUGACAGACACGAGCUCCUCAACAUCAUUAAGGCGAUUCGUGCAAUCAAUGGGAAUGAAAACCAGGAAACAACCGCUGAGGAUUUCACUAACAGUGUGUUUGACAGGAUUGAUAUAAAUGGGGAUGGCGAGCUGUCCUUGGAGGAGUUUGUGGCCGGUGCCCGCAGUGACACGGAUUUCAUGGAGGUGAUGAUGAAAAGUCUGGACCUGACCCACAUUGUGGCCAUGAUCCAUAACAGGAGGCACAGCAUUUAGGACCCGUCCAGUCCGAACACCUCGUCCUCAUUCGUGAUUUA